ACCAAUCCGCCGUUGCAAUGUCCUCCAAAGAUGAGACUCGUGUUUUGCUUUUGGAAGAGCAAGUUAAGACUUUAUCAGACGAGUUAAUGCAAUGCCAGGCAGACAAGGAGUUUGUGUGGUCCCUAUGGAAACGCUUGCAAGUAGCCAAUCCAGACCUGACCCAAGCUGUCAGUUUGGUGGUUGAACGUGAGAAGCAAAAAGCAGAGAGUAAGGACAGGAAAGUGUUGGAGAUCCUCCAGGCUAAAGACUACAAGAUCCAGGAGUUGGAACAGAGAGUCACAGGGUAUCAACAGGAGAUUAACAACCUGGUACAGAGACAUGCUUCCGUGAACGAAGAGAGAGCCUUAAUGAAGAAGGAGCUGACGGCUCUUGGUGACAAGCUGGAGAAUAAGAAUCAAGAAUUUAAGGAAAUGAGGAAGGAGAGUAGGAGGAGAAUGAAGGAGGAGCGGCAGGUGGUACAGGCUCUACAGGAGGAGAAGGAGGGAUUAGCUUCCCGUUGUGCUGCCCUGCAAGCUGACCUGGAGGAGGAGCAGAGGCAGGCCGACCGACGACGAGAUCAGGGGGACACCACUCAGGCCAGAGUCAAGGAGUUGGAAGGGGAACUGAACAGCGCCUGGCGGGAGGUGGCCAGCCUGCAGAGCCAGAGCGCCAGUCUGGCUGUCCAGCUCUCUGCCAAGGAGCCGGAGAUGGCAGCAAAAGAGGGACAGCUCACCCAGCUUCGUCAAGAAGUAGCAGACUUGCAGGCCCUGUACAGACAGAGCACAGAACAUGCGGCAGAGCAGAGCCAUCUCAUCAAGCAGCUGGAGGGGCUCAACCUAGACACACAAAGAGUCCUGAGAAACCAGGAAGAGGCCCAUACUGCUGAUACCACCUCCUAUCAGAGGCUGUACAAAGAGUUGAGUCAGUGUUACCAAGCUCUCCUGUCCAGUGAGACAAAGCUCCGUCAAAGUCACUCGGAGCUCAGUACCCAGCUGACCCAGAGGGACCAGCAAAUUGCACAACUCCACAUCCAGCUUCAGCAGCGACAGCAAGAGCAGCAGCAGUUGCUGGAACAACUGCAGCAACAACAGGUUCAGAAGACCACUGUCUGUUCCCCACCCAGCAAACAGACCAACUUUACAGAGCUGCCAGAGCAGACGAAUGCCUCAGCCCUAAGGCUGAGCUCUAACUCCAACCCAGCCUCUGCCCAGUGCGCAGAUUCCAGCCCAGAGCCUCAUCAUCAGGCAAAGGAGAAAGGCCUGGAACACAGCUCCAAUGGGGAUCUUCCCACUAGGAGACAGCAAGGUGCACCUAUGCAGCGAUCCAGGUCUCUGUCCCCAGCCAGCAGUGUAGAGAAAGACCAGGAAAGAAGGGGAGGAAGAGGAGUGGAACAAAGGAUUCGGGACCUUGAGGAGCUUCUCCAGUUGAAGACAAAAGAAAAUGAGGAGCUCCAGAGAGCUCACGAGAAACGCCGUGAGCGCCUUCAUCUAAUCCAGACCAACUACAGGACUGUCAGAGACCAGCUCAGAGAGCUGGAAGAAGCAAACGGCCCGUUGAGGGGGAGGAGCCAGCGUGCAGAGCCAUGUCAGCUGAGACAGGAGAACAGCGAUGCAGUGUGGAAUGAGUUGGCCCACUUCAAGCACCUCACUGGGAGACUCACCACCGACAAAGCAAAUUUGGAGGAGGAGCUGGAUGUGCUGCAUGUCCAGGCUGCCGUGGACCAUGCAAAAGUGAAAGAGUUGUAUCUGUGUCUCCAAAGCGAACACCAAGAGCUGCUUCACAAAGUGGUUGAGGAGCAUCAGGUCGGAAGCAGCGCUCCAAAAAAGCCCGUUUCCUCUGAGCAAAUGGAGCAGUCAUUAAAAAAGAUAGAGCAGCUGGAAUGGAGGAUGAUGUCCCUGCAGGAAGAGACAGAGUGGCUAAAGGAGGAGAAACAAGAGCUACUUACAGCCAACCAGGACUUGGCUCAAGAAUGCCACAACCUCAGUGCUUCCCUAGACCAUCUACGAAGCCAAAGAGAUGUCUGUGUGGAAGCAGCCCAGGCCCAAGGAGAGAGACACCGCAAUGAGGUCCUGAAUCUGGAGGCUGACCUGGUGACCUCCCAAAAAGAGGCUACCAAACUCCACAGACAGUUGCUAAAGCUAAGACAGGAACUGGGGAUCCUCAGAGCAGCCAGGGACUUCUAUAGGAACCGUAUUGCUGGGCCAGGGGGAGGAGGGAGAAUUGCCAUUAGCAGCAAGGUCAAAUUCAAAACAGCCAGGCUCAAAGGUCCAAUGCACCAGUGCAGCCACCCAACAGUCGGCCCCAAUCAGGCCAUCAGCCGGCAAGGCCGCAGUCCCAGUCCCACUAAGGAGGAAUGGGAAGACAUGAGUGCAGAUAGUGACGGUGGUGAUGACUACCCUGACAGUCUGAACAGCAUGUACUCAGUGACAAGGUCCCACGCACACCAUGCUACCAGAAAGUCCUACAGGUACGUGCCAACUUCAAACACCAAAGCACCAAGAUUAGGAUCUGAUAGAGCGCAGCCUGAUGUUUCGACCCAAGAGGAAAAACAGCAUGAGCCAAGGGAGCAAGGGAUGAGAGGAGAAAGGAGGAGGAGAAAAAGGGUGGUGAUGAAGAGCCGGCACUGCUCCUCCUCUGCUCUGCAGCAGCGCGUGGAGUCCCUACAGCGUCACAUCAACAUCCUGCGAAGCGCCAGGAAAGAUGCAGCAGACUCGGCCAGGGAUCUGCAGCAGGCCAACAAGAGGCUCAUGGCUCAGCUCAACUCCCUCACCGAGAAACUCUGCAACAGCAAGCAGCUCACACAGAAGCUAACCUGUGACCUGGCUGGUGUGGAACAGCAGAAGAAAGUUCUGGAAAUGGAGCUAGAGCAAUGGAGGAAGAUCAACAUCCCACAGCAAGUCCCAGCACCACCAGCAGCAGUAACUACAGAGUGCUUUUGCCAGAGCAAGACUCUGCCCAGCCCAGCUAACCCUGCCCUCCUUGAGUCUGAGGUCAAGCAACUUCAAGCCAAACUUAAGAGCACCAGUGCAGAGGUGACAAAGCAGGCGGCAGCUAACAAAGCCCUGCGAGGCCAGCUCCUCGAGAAGGAGGACAAGCUCCGCCAGCUGCAGGACAAGGCAAGCCAUGCUGAGAGAGACGUGAACAUGAAGAGGCAGCUGUUGGAGGACCUGAAGACGAGGCUCAAGUUCUUCCAGGAGAUGGAUAAGAGUUACCGUGGACAGGUGGAGGAUCUGGAGAAGAAGGUUAAAACGUUAUCGGAGGAUGCCACCAACAGGAAGGCUUUCAUCGAGUCUCUGAAGAGAAGGCUUAGUGUUGCCACAACAGAGAGGAGCCAGUACGAGUCCACCUGUAAGAAACUGAAGGAAGAGCUAGAGAAAAAGGAGCAGCGUGAGGAAUCUCUGAUGGCCCGUAUAGGAGCCAGUGAGCGGGCCUUGGCCGAGCUGGAAGAGACUGCCAUGAGGCAGAUGGAAGGUUUGACCCAGCAGAGCUCUCAGGCACUAGACACACUUCAGAGACGCCUGGACCUUUCCUACUCCCAGCUGGAGCAGCUUCAUGCCUUUAUCAAGGUUCUGGCCAGUGAAAUGCUUGAAGACGUUCAGGAGGUCAAGCAACAGUUGAUGAAGAGGAGGAGGUGCAAGAAGGCCAUCACUGUGGCAGGGAAAGGCACCCUUACAGCCAAGUCCAUGAUCAAAGCUAAGUGCAUUGCCGCCUCCAUCCUCAAUAUGUCAGAGAGUGACCUGGCAGACAUGAUGGACACUGACCAGGGGACAGAAGCGAAUUUUGAGGGUUCUGCAGACCAGGAGUGGCUGGAGCAGCUCAGACACGUUCUCCAGCAGAAGAUCCCCUCUGCCGGCCAGCUAAUGGAGGCUAUGCGCGUAAAGAUGAAGGAGAGGAAAGUGCUGACAGAAGAGCUGGCUGUGCUCACAACACCAGUCAGCAAAAACUCCUGACUCCCCAGGCUGAGGCUGGAAAAAAUGUCAUCCUCUUGCUCUCUCUCUCUCACUCGGUGGGAGCUGAGCCGAGCCGAUCUGGAGCACCAGAGCCGAUAUUUGUCCGGAAAGCAUGGUGAACUCACCACGCACCAGCUCGCUCAAUGCAGCAGCCCAGCUUUGGUAAAUAAGCCCCGGACAUCCUUGUUUGAUGCUAAGUGCAUUAUGUGUCUCAGACCAGGAUCCUUCAGCACCAGGCCAAUUUACAGUACAACCACAUUGUCCCGCACUCAUAGUGCGGUGCUGGGGUGUUAGGACAAGUGCCUACACUGGCAUGCUUGAGUUUGAUUUUUAUUUUCUCUCUUUUCUUGUAUGUGAAAUUUUCCUUUAAUUUAUUGGGAAUUUGAAGGAGUCUUGGGUGCAGGGAGGUGCGCAGAGCUGAGUCGGGAAGGUCUGGUUCAUCAGUCCUGUUCCUUUAGAGAUCAACCCAUUGAAAUUCGUCAGACUGGUCAGAUGUAGUGACAUUAUUCAUCUCUUAAGGAGAUGGAUUUUGUUAAAGCUUGAGGUUUUUUUUUUUUUUUAAUCGUAUAGACUCGAUAACCCAUAUCUGUGUAUCUGCUCACCUACUUCUGCGGAGAUAAUUAUGAUAGGACUGAUUUUAAAGAGUUUAAAUAAAGUCAUCCC